GCACGAGAAACAAAAAAAAACUAACAACCGAAGAACAAAUCAUGUCAACUGUUGUAGUUGGUUGAUGAUUGUGAUAUUGCUAUUUAUCUAGUGGUAUUUCACUGACGAAAUCGACGAAAUUAAACAGAUGUUUGGCAUUUUCGUAAUUUCAUUAAAUCGAAACAUUGUUGUGGGGUGAGGAAUGUGUGGCUAACACCAUCGCCAUAGGAAAAAUUAUCAUCGAAAUUAAAAAAGUAUUGCGAUUUAACAAUUCGCGCCCAAGACAGUCAAAACGAAAAAGAAAAUUUAAAGCAAACGACAAAAAAUACAUACACAAAAGCGAAAAGAAAAAAAGACUAAAAUAAAAAAGUGAUUUCAAUAAAUUAUGGUAAAAUAAGAUCAUUAGUGCGUAGGUUGAAACACCAAAUGUGAAUGAAAGAUAAAUAGAAAGAGUGUGUGUGUUGGUGUGCUUUGGUAACUCUUCGAUUUAACACAGGGCACGAGCUGUAUGCGCGCGCGCUCUAUCUUCAUCUUUGCUUCAGAUCAUUUUCGUUGAAUAUUCGCUCUAAAUCUUAUCUCGAUUGCAUUCAUCGGAUUUUGGUGUUUUUUUUUUCGUGUGUUUUUUCGUUGGUUCGGUUGUGUAUUUUUUCUUAUUGUUUAUUUCUUCAUAAGUUCCGUCCUCUGCCACGAAAAGUGAUUGAUGAAUAAAAUUUUAUUGUCAUUCAGUCGAUGUGCGCGUAUUAUGUAUUGUUUGGGUUUUGGUUUCGCGUCGGAAAUACAUUGAAUGUGAUUCUUUCAAGCAACGGUUUUUUUCGGAGUACGCAUCAAAAAUUUCAAUUUGCUUGUGAUUCAUUCGCAAAAUUCAAAUGCUAAACAAGAGAAAAACCACAUAAAAAAGACAAUUACCCAAAAAGCAAAAGACAACUAAAAAAACUACAUUUUUUAUGCGAAUUUCGAAUAAAGACACGAAACCAAAAAGAAGAAAAAAAAACGGUACGGUCAAAAUAGUGAAAAUUUGUGUAAACUGAAAAAUGUGUAGAAAAUGAUGAACAAUUUUUAUGCCAAUUCAUGAUAGAAAAUAACCGAUGUACGGCAUUGAAUGCGGAUGCGAGAUCUAGUUCGAAUUUGAUUUAAUUGAUUUCAACGGCAAAAAUGUUACAAGCUGAAAUAAAUAAGGGAAUGAGCAUUUGUGUAAAUUGUUGUUGUGUCGAUAUUCGUUCGUUAUUAUUCGAUUGAUUUGUGGUUUUCACAUUGACAAACACAAAAGCGACAAACAAAGGGGAAGAGAGAGCUGGCGAGAUAGCAAAGGGGGAGAGAAAAAGCAAAAAACUACGAAGCAAAACGAACACAAAGUGGAGAAGAUAAUGCCUGGAUAUUCUCGGCUCUUUACCGAUUCAAUUCAAAUCAAUAAGGUCAACAUGUUGCAAACCAGUUUACUGAAUGUGCUAUGUGUGUUGCUAGUCAGUUGCGGUGCACAGUCGACAAACAUAAAUGUGCCGUUAAAUGAUGUCAAUAAAAUAUUGUCGAUGCCUCUUAACAGUGUUGCAUCACCAAAUAACAACGAAUCACCGAAUCCCAUUGUAAAUAUUGAUCAAUUUCGAUCGCAAAGAAACCAAAGCUUCAAUAAAAAUGUAAUUAAUAAUAACGAUAAUGGCGAUGAUUAUGAAACCAAUGCAUUUCGAGUACAAACGUUAAAUCGAUCUCAUUCGAUCGAUAUGCCAUCACCGAAAUCAACAGCAACCAAAUUAGGCACCAUCAACGGUGGCAAAGUGUAUAAUAAAAAUGAUAUGCGCAAACGAAAAAUUAAAUCGACGAGCAUUGAUCCGUAUGCUCACUGGAAGUGUCCAAAUAUCAGCGAAAUUAAUCGAUAUGUGGAAUGUAGCUGCGAUAUACCACAAACGCUACGAUGCAGCGGCGAUAUUCAUGGAUUAACACAAAUAGCUGAGGGCUUACGAAGAAGUGAGUAUCCUGUAUCGUUGUUGGAUUGUACAUUGAAAAAUGUUACGUUUUUGAGCGAUGCACGGAUAUUUGCGGAUGUUGCUUUGCACGGUUUGGUUAUAUCGUCCGGUGAAAUUAAAAGGGUACAUCGACAAGCAUUUGGUGGCAUGAAAACACCGUUACAAGAACUUGGACUUCCGAAUAAUGCAUUAACCGCUGUUCCAUCACAAUCACUAUCACCGCUCAAUGCAUUGCGUCGGCUCGAUUUAUCAAAUAAUCGCAUUAAAUAUUUGGACGCAUCCGAUUUUUUGAUGUUACAAAAUCUGGAAUAUUUGGAUUUAAGUGAGAACAAUAUUUCGGAAAUAUCAAUGCGAGCAUUUUUAACAAUGAAAAAAUUGCAAACACUCAAAUUGAGCAGAAAUCGUCUGUCACUUGGCGAUAGCAUACAAGCAAUUAGUCAAUGUAUUAAUUUAAAAGAAUUAGAUUUAUCGGCAAAUUUACUGCGCGGUUCGUUAGUUCAAGAACAUUUGCCGAUGCUUAAAUCGUUGGAGUCGCUGAAUUUGGGCACAAAUCUAUUUACAAACAUUCAUACGGGUGCUUUUGAGAAUUUCCCAUUUUUAACCAGCUUAAUAUUGCAUCACAAUCAAAUCGAUGUACUGCAAGAUCAUUCAUUUUCUGGUUUAAAUUCGUUGGAAGUGCUCGAUUUGAGCUACAAUGGCAUUGUGGCUAUAUCCGGUGCAUCGCUGAAGCAUUUGUCUCGAUUGCUUGUUCUAAAUUUGACGCAUAAUUUCUUAAGGGCAUUAACGUCAGAUCUCAUUGCACCAUUGCCGUCGUUGAAAGAAUUGCAUAUCGAUGGCAAUGAGAUAUCAUUGGUUGCCAAAAAUGCAUUCAUCGCCGCAAAUGAUUUGGAAGUAUUAUCACUGCAGAAUAAUCCAUUGUCGUGUGACUGUUCGUUGAAACCAUUUGCCGAAUGGUUGUCUACAUCCAGCAUUUCAAAACAGUAUCAAAUGAGCGCUGUUUGUGCCACUCCUCCGCAUCUUGAGAACGCAAGAUUACAAGAAAUUCAAUUGGAUUCACUUAACUGUGAUGGCAAUGUCAAUCGGAACAACACCGCAAAUGUACUUCAACAACUUGAAAUACGAUCAAAAGAAACCAAUUUGACAUUUGUCAAGCAAUUCAGCGAUGGCAUUAUUUUGAAGAAAAUUCAUUUAUCAAUGGAUUACGGUCUUAUUUUAACUUGGAGCAUUAUGCUAAACGAAUGGAAUUUUUCGUGUGAUUCAAUUUUUGUCUAUAAAGAAACCAAAUUCAACGAACAUCUUCUCAAAAAUCAACCGGUGCAUUGUGAAAGUAAUAAAAUGGAAAACGAGGAUAUAGUCAGCGUGAUACUGUACGAUCAAUUCCCGAUUGGUGACAAGUAUCGCUUUUGUUUGGUGCUUGUGCAAAUGAAAGACGAUCAACGCGAUUUAAUUGUUGGAUGUUCGAACAUAACGAAAUUAAAGCAAAUUGAAAAUGUUUUGGUAACCGAUCGAAAUAGUGAAAAUUCCAUAUCGCUCACAACGUCAGUGACAACGACGGAAGAAACGACGCCACGUGUGCCAUUCAAUCGUGAUGAUGACGACGACGAUGAUGAAGAGGAUGAAGUGAUAUCAGAUAUAUCAUCUUUUGAUAAAAUAAGCGAUUCCAUGCAAAAUGAGCCACGGCCACAUUACGACGAUCAUGAUCCAGAGUAUACGACUGUUUAUCGAACGGAUCAACCGCCAACAACGAUUUCAACGACACCAGCAUACGCAUCAAAAUUAAUGCAUCAUUUCAACGAUGGUCUAAUGCCAUCACUAAGUAUUGCCAUACUGAUUACAAGUGUCUUUGCAUUUAUUUGGGCCGCCACCAAAAUUACACACCAUCGACGGACAAUUCCUGCAACAGUUUGCUAUGCUGCCUCCGAUCAACACUCGCUCGAUAUUGAAAAUAGCAAUCGCUAUCUAAAACUACAGGCCACAACGACACUGUAAAGAGCCAAUCGGCGUCGAAUGGUCGUCGCUUACAAAUUUCGAUUCGAGUUGCCAUGAGAGUUUACCGAAAAUGUGAUACAAAUAUUAUGUAAUUUUGUUGAAAUAUUCAAUUAAAAAUUAAGCUCGCAAAUCCAUAUAAUUAUUUAUGCAAUGUUAAAUUUAUUCUUCUUUUUGUAAAAAAAAAACUAUUCAAUUGAGAAAACACACAAAGAGUCAGUUAAAUAAAUAAAUAUGAAACUAACUUAACGAAUUAUUAAGAAAUUAUG